AGCUAUAAUAAUUACAAUUUGUCAAUUAAUAACUUUGCAACGUCCAUCGUGAAAAUUCUGAAAUUUAUAAACAAUCUGUAUUCAAGUGUAUGAAAGAUCAUCAGGUUGUACGAGUUUCGAUAGAAAGCCAUUUGACGCGAAAUUGCCAUGAGUUUCGGUAAUUAAUAACGUAAAGACAUCGAAUAGCGUAGUAGACAUUCUGUGCGUCGUUCAACCGCAAAAAUCGUACAAGCAAAGAUGAAAUCGCGUUUCCCCCUGGCGUGAAAUCGAAUUGAAUCGAAUCACCAUAAUAAUGCAGGGAGAGCUUUUGAAAAGUUUGCACCCAGAGAGAGAGGUCGAGGUUCCAAGCAGUCUCCUUCGGAGCGCUUGGAUAUCCAGCUGUUAGAAUCCUCGGAACCGCGGAACAGGCGUUUAAACAAAGGAGGUUGGCUUCGUUUGAAGAGCAGCCAAUGGCAAUUUGCGUGCAUAAAGGCCUUUGAAAGUUCCUUGGAAAUUCGUGAAUGAAGAAGCAGCGCCGCGAGCCAUUGGACCAACAGAGACGGAACAGCUUCUUUUUCGUGGCUGUUACGCCGGUGCGAUGGUAACGGGCUAACCAUGGCGAAAUUGCCAUCAUCGACCUCGUACUCUUCUGGUCUUGCUAACCGUUGCUAAUUGGCGCUAUUAAAGUACACUUCGCUACCGUCAUCUCGUUACAUUUUAUAACUUCCAAUCCUUCCGAUUACUUAUUUAUUUAACACCGUUCACCGUGGCGGAAACCACUGCACGAUCGAGACAAAUUAUAAAAAUUUCUGAAAGUAGAAUUUUACGUGUUUUACAUUAUUUAAAGCGUUAUUAUUUCUAAAGAUGAAACGCGCAUUUAUCGUUAGGAUGUGGUUAGGCAGGAAGCAUUUCCUCGGUUAUUGCAGUGCAUGUAUUCCGAAGAUUAUCUUGGACUUCUCGACAGAAGAUUAAUUCGUCACGGAAUGAAUCCGCCGUAACCUCGAGCUUAAUCGCGUUAAGUCGUUUCCAUCGAAAAUUGAGUUAUUCUAUCGAAUCAAAUCGGCUAUCGAUACAGGAGCAAUAAAGAAGAAUCUUGCCGCAAUUAGCUUCCUUAUCUCGGCAGUUCUGACGAAGUUACCAUGUUCGUUAAACGCGGAGAUUCACCUGGGAUAGGCCAAUUAAUUUAAGGGUUCAUCAGAGUAUACUCGACCAGACAAGGUUCCUGUAUAGCCAGGUCCCAUAUGGCUCAGCAGCCUCGCAGGCUCAAAGGAAGAGUACGUCGUAACCGAUAAUGAAAAUCGUUCAAGUUCCAUAAAAGUGGCCGUGCGUUCUAUUACCACGAAACGCGAACAAUCUGAAAUAUUAAAUUUAUUAUCGUUUCUUGCGCCAUCGGUCGUUGGACCGUUGAAAUAUGAAACGGUCCUAAAAUAGAUCGACGCGAACAAAAGUAUGAACGAUAGCUUCCUCUACAUUUUUCCGCAACAAAGAAGAGCGAUCUUUGCGCUCGAUUGUACGCGUAGUUCGCGACAAAACGGUUAACCACGGUGCUUCUAAUAAAUAAUCUCGCGAUCGACGUCUCCAGGCAGUCUGUCCGUCGACAUGGAACACCCAAUCACCCACCAGCAACCCGUUCGUACAGGAAUUGCGCCAAUGACGCGAUUUUUCAGCCUCGUCCCACGCGAUUACGAGCUGCCAAACACCGGCACGACUCACUUGAAAAAGAAGAUAAGAUCGAAUAGGAUAAUAAAGGAUAGGAAACGAGAGAAUGUCAGGUUGUUCGUUCGAAACGUUGAUCAGUUUCUGUUCGACGACGAGCUCGCGAACACGCGCGCGUAUAUAUACGUACUUCGUAUUUACAUCCGUCGACGAGUUACGAGGAUGAGCAUCCUCGUCUCUAGUGAUUCGACGGCAAAACUAGGACGUGACGAGUUUCAUUUCCAACGUUCAAUUUUCGUCGUUCCAUUCUGAAAUUGAAACGCCGUUUCAAACUUGUCCAAGAUGAAAAACUCUGAAAGCGCCUUGCUCGAACGACGUUGAUAGUCCUCCAGUUUAUUCUUUUCGUCGAUCGUUAAAUGUAACGUUAGAUAUUUCGUCGCAUUGUAUCGAGUACAAGUUGUACAACUUUUUCAUUACAUUCUACGGUAGCAGAGAAAAUAGAGAGAGACCCUAACACCUAAAAAAGUAACAAAAGUUGUCCGAAUAUCGUAGGUGCCGAAUCCACGAAAGCGAUUAAUUUUUCGUAUUCUUUCAUUUCUACCCACAAAGUUUGAUAUUUUAACUUUGGAGCACCCUCCACCUUAAUACCAGCCAUAAGAACAUAUGGAAGAGAACUUGAAGCUUCGAGGACCACCUAACGAAAGUUGGAAUUGCAACUCCAGAAAGUUAAAAUCUUAUAGUUUCCUCGAGGAGGAUAUACAACCGCGCGUAAUUGAAUUGCAUCGAACGAGAUCCAAUUCUAUCAUUUCGACACGGUUCCACAUCACGAGGAUCGUAUCGAACGACGUAUCGAGUUACGGCAUUCGAUGCAAAAAUGAUCGACAGACGAGUAGACGGUGAUUAUGACGAGACGACUCGAGCGUGCAGAGUUCACCGAUGUAUCCGUAAAUCGAUCCAUCGAUCGAUCAAGGGAUUUUCUUUCGGUCGUGAUCCCAGAAGCGUGGACGUCUUCUCGUGAAGAUCACUCGCUAAAGUAAUCAAUCGAACUUGCGGUGUUCUAUCGUAGCUUCGUUCGAGCUGUUCCCCGAUAAUGUUGGAGCUGGUGGAACGCAAAGCAAAUGGAAUUUCGUGGCCAAGUUGUCGUGGUCAAACUUUGAACACGUUCGCGAAGGAUCCAAAAGGGAUCCUCUUUCUCAGGCGAGACAAAGGUUGUCCGCGUGAGAAACGAUGGAGAAAGGAGAACGGAGGGCUGUUGUGCUCUCUUGGUCAGCUAGGGUGCAACGAGUCCUACAGUCCGGACACCUUGGGCACGUGGAAGUUCCACAAGGUGUCUCGAAAGAGCCAUGAGGGGAUGAGCACUGGCGUGGGAGAUGGAGGUGGAGGUGGUGGUGGUGGUGUACAGGGAAGCGGAGGCGGAAGAAACACGCCGCCCCAUGGAUCGCCCACCCCCAUGGAUAAAGCGACUUUGAAAGUCCAUCUUCCUAACGGUGGUUUCAACCUGGUUAAGUUCGGUGACGCGAUCGAUGUAAAGGGUAUCAUCUCUUUGGUAACCAGUCGAUUAGCUGUUGGCACGCGACACUACAGACAUCUCUACGCUAUGAGGCUCUAUCACCCUGGAUCGGGGGAAAGUUACUGGUUACAUCAAGACACUACCAUGUACCAGGUUCAGGAAAAGUACGAAAAGAAACAUCCCCAUUGCGAGUGGAGGUACGAGUUAAGAGUGCGAUACCUGCCACAGAACCUGAACGAUUUGUACGAAAAGGAUAAAGUGACAUUCUAUUAUUACUAUGAUCAGGUUCGAAACGAUUAUUUAUGCGCGAACCACUCGGCCUUAGACCAAGACGUAGCGGUUCAAUUAUGCUGUCUUGAAAUUCGAUAUUUCUUUAAAGACAUGCACCAGAUAGCACUCGACAAGAAGAGCAAUCUCGAGUACCUAGAAAGAGAGGUUGGUCUGCACAAGUUUUUACCCCGAUCCGUGUUAAACGGAAUGAAACCAAAGGCUCUACGCAAAUUGAUACAACAGCACUUCAAGAAGGUGGCAGCGUUGUCUGAACUAGAAUGCAUGUUCAAAUUCUUCGACCUGUUACGGGCGCAUUAUAGAUUCGACCAAGAGAGAUUUAUAUGUGCUUUGGGGUCAAGCUGGUCAAUACCUGUAGAACUAGUCAUUGGACCAGAUUUAGGAAUAUCUUAUAUGGCACACAGAGGUGGAACGGUGCCAACGAGGAUGGCAGAGUUUUCUCAAAUACAGUCUAUUCAGACCCUCGUAUCGGACUGUAAGGAGCACGCAAAAGCCUGUAUUAAAUUGAGGGUAGCUGGAACAGCCGAAACGUUAAGUAUAACCUGUUCGAGCCUGGACCAAGCAGAAAGCCUUGCAGAUCUGAUCGAUGGAUACUGUAGGCUAGUUACUGGAAGUAAUACUUCGUUAUGGAAUAGAAAAGCUGCAUCGUGGAAAAACUAUCCCUGUCCAUGCAAAGAUGCUCAUCCACCAAAAUAUAGGCAAGAUGGAGGCUCAAAUAGUCCAGAGAAAAAUGUGAGCAAAACUGGAACUAUUUUGUCGGAAGAUUAUGCAGAGAUUGUAGACGAGGAAGGAGAUUACUCGACUCCUGCUACCAGAGAUUAUGAAAUAGUAAGGAACCAAGUGGAACUGGGUGAAAUUAUCGGAGAAGGUCAAUUCGGUAAUGUACAUAAAGGGUCUUACAAAGGAAGGGAUAACCAAACUAUAGCAGUAGCAGUGAAAACCUGCAAAGUCGACGCGGAUCUCGCUACAUCGGAGAAGUUCCUCGAAGAAGCUUAUAUAAUGCAGCAGUUCGAGCAUCCUCAUAUUAUAAGAUUGAUCGGAGUAUGCUCAGAAGCACCAAUUUGGUUAGUGAUGGAAUUAGCUAGGUUAGGAGAGAUGCGAGCUUACUUGCAAUCGAAUAAACACCGUCUGGACCUCGCCACGCUUCUACUAUAUACAUUUCAACUAAGUACUGCCCUAUCUUACCUCGAAAGCAAGAAAUUCGUCCACAGAGACAUAGCUGCUAGAAACGUGCUAGUUUCUGCGCACAAUUGCGUAAAGUUAGCCGACUUUGGCCUUAGUAGAUGGGUAGAGGAUCAAAGCUACUACACCGCGAGUAAAUGUAAGUUACCUAUAAAGUGGAUGGCGCCUGAAAGCAUAAAUUUUCGAAGAUUUACAACGUCUUCUGAUGUCUGGAUGUUUGGUGUAUGCAUGUGGGAAAUCUUGAUGUUGGGUGUAAAGCCAUUUCAAGGCGUGAAAAACAACGAAGUGAUUCGCAAACUUGAAAAUGGCGAACGACUCGCGCUACCAAAUCACUGCCCCCCACGAUUAUAUUCCUUGAUGUCUCAAUGCUGGAGCUACGAGCCCAGCAAACGACCGACGUUCAAAGAAAUCAGAGAAACUCUGCAUGAAAUAUUGCUAGAAGAAAAACAUCAGCAGCAAGAAACGAUGAGACGAGAAAACAGGAGAGUACAGGCCAUGUCUUGGGGCGCAGACGAUGUACCACCGCCGAAACCCUCGAGGCAACCACAAAACGCGACGGAUCAGUCUCAACUAACCGCCGUAGCACCAGUUUCGACGUAUAUCGUUGCUCAAAGUCCUGAAGUUCUUGCACAACUUCUCAAGGAUAAUCAAAGCAGGGGGGUAUGUCCCUCCGUGUACACAACUCCCGCAUCGCCCUUUAAUACCUUAGCAGUGCAGUUCCAAGACGAAGAUCAAGUCUUAACCACUGCCUUAGUUUCAGAUCUACCUUUUUUCGAUCCAGCUGUCUCCGAACCUUCCGCCUCCCACGACACUCAUUCAGGAGACUCUACCUUAUCCGAUACGAAUCUAGACUCCCUCGAAUCCUCGGACACUCCUCUCAUGUCUAGCCUCGGUAUAUCAGAGACGGCGCAAGCCCAAUCACCUGCUGCUAACAGAAAGCAGCAACAAAAGGUUAAAGAGAUGCAAAAUUUAUACGCGGUUAGUUCGAAAGUGGUCGGUAGCGUUACCGGAGAUCUUUACUCUCCCGUGCAAAAGUUCUCCACGUCUAGCUCUAUCCCCGUCACAACUACCGCAGCUAGCUGCGGCGAAAUAUACGGACCAGUCGCUAAUUUCACACAGAGCUCCGCUAUCGUUGGUAACCUUAGUCAAAGUCCUAGCGUGGGCGGUAACUUCGGCGAGAAUCCCGGAAACUUUGGGCCUAGUAGCUUAACAAAUAUCGUAGGGUCGAAUACUCAGAAUCUGUCCGGCAAUUGUGGUCAAUUCUCCUCUAACGUUGGUCAACCGAUAAGUCAGAACGUCAGCUGUUCGCAAAGUUCUGCUGGCGUGUAUCCUCGUGCGCCUAUCGUUAGCUCGACCAAUGCUGCCAUACCCACGUCAGCCGCGGAAUGCCUUUACGGUCCUGUCCUAAAAUUCCGGGCGCAAAACAUCCAACAUCAAAACGUGUCCGACUUCGGUGCGUCUGCUGCAUCGUGCAUGCCAAAUCAAAGGGGCAACUUGGUGCACACUUCCACUUCCGGGCAAAAUCUGCAAACCCAACCAUUGCACGCUCAAAACUACCAACAUCAGCAAAUAUACUCGAACAUCAGCCACCUGGGAUCGCAGCCAAUGUACUUGCCGCAGCACGUGCAAAACAUUCAACGCCAAAAUACCAUUCAUCAAGCAGUUUCUUACAUCCCCGCGCAACACGUCAGCCAGCAAAGUCAAUCGAGCGGCGCCAACCAACUUUAUACGGCCCAUGCGACCUCCGUCGGGCUGGUACAACCUCUGAAAGUUCAGGGUCCCGUGUACGCGCAACAAAUGCAGCCUGGAAUGGCGAGUCAUGUGCAAAGUUCGCAAGCAACGGGCGUGAAUCAGCAAUUGUCCUAUAAUAUGGCGCAAAAUCACCCUGUCCAAGUGCAUUUCACUUCCACGUCGGGAGCUACGGUUCAGCAGGCUAACCAGCAAUACAUUCAUCAAAGUAACGUCGUUAUCGGACAGCAAGCGAGUUCCAUUAAUGUCACGCAACAGCUUGGUCAGGCACAAUGUAACGUUACCAAUCCGACUACCAGCGCAGUAAACGUAACGCAAUAUUUAGCGCAACCGCCUCUGCAACCAGGAAUCGUAAGAUCCAGUACGCCUCAGAUAGCGACUGGCGUAGCGAAAAUUACUACGUUCGUAACUCAUAAACAGGACGAACAAUUGACAAGCUCUACCGAUGGUACGCUGUCCGGGUCUCUGAUAUCAUCCGCUGUCAGUGAUAGCACAAUGUCAUCGAGCAGCUCGAUGACAGAGGAGGCUCAGCAAGAUCAGAGAACCGUACAAUCGCAGCUAUUCGACAACGCUACGGAGAACUUUAACAGCGGCGUGGAUGAUGAACAAAAGUUGCUAGAGCAGCGACUUUUGGAACAACAACGUCAGUCUGAAGAGGACAGUCGUUGGUUGGCUAGAGAAGAGAAACGUUUAUCCAUUGCAACGAGUGGAGACGAAAGUGCCAGUCCACCAGUUCCACGUUCAGUGACGCAGUCACCAAAUCACGAGCAACACAGUGCUAAUACUGGUUCUUUAGGUUCUGACAAAGGCAGCGAGAAAGUAAUCGUUGUAAAGAAAAUGGAACCAACACCUACUGCAGAUUUAGAUAGAACCAAUGACAAAGUGUAUGAUUGCACUACCAGUGUUGUGCGGGCUGUAAUGUCCCUUUCUCAAGGUGUUCAGCAGAGCAAAGCAGAACAAUACUUGGAGUUAGUACGUAAAGUAGGUAUUGAACUGAGAGCAUUGCUUUCAUCUGUAGAUGCACUGAUGGAUAUAUUACCUAUAUCUGCUCAUCGUGAAGUAGAAAUGGCUCAUAAGGUACUUAGCAAAGACAUGGCAGAGCUUGUAACAGCUAUGAAACAAGCCCAAAAAUAUAGUGCAACUACUUUGGACGUAGAAUAUCGGAAGGGAAUGUUGUCAGCAGCACACAUUUUAGCAAUGGAUGCAAAGAAUCUGUUAGAUGUAAUUGAUUCGAUCCGUAUUCGUUACCCAUACGUGGAUAGUCAAAUUUGUCAGAAGCAAAACAAUAUCGCACCAAAAGAACCUACACAGGAAAGUCGUAUUCGUUCCAGUCAAUCUGGAGAACAAUUUCUAAGGAGAAGUCAGUCUAGCGAGCGUCAGGGUACCACCUUCAGGCAGAGUCAAAGCGGUGAACUUUUACAUAAAAUGGGUCAGUCCGUCGAUCGAUCGUUUCAGGGUAGUCAAAGUGACGUUAAUUCCAGCUCUAGUUUAGAAAGAAGACAUCAUAUUGUUACUAACAGCCUCGAACGCAAUUCAACGACCAGAAGACAAAUGACGACUAAUAGUUUAGAAAGAAAACGACCAUCUUUGUCGUGUAAUAUCAGUCCUAUGAAUAAUUCGGUUAAUUUGCCACCAAUGGUACCAGUUACUUGUAAUUUAGUCCAAACGGUUCAUCCGAGUCAGACAGUGACAACAGGUGUUAAUCAACAGUCAGUGUUUGCAUCUAAUAACAAAACAACAAAUGAAAGUGCGACAACUGAUAGCUAACAACGAGGUGCCUUGCAUUAAGGAAAACUUCGGAAAAAUAUUUGUAUAUACAUAGAUAACGUCGUGCAAGUUACCCAUCUACGUCUCGCGCAUAACUCAGCAACAAGAGAUUUAGUAUUUGCGCUUUAUAGCUCUUUUUAACAUUUAAUAGACUUUGUCUAAACGUACUUAUAGAUAAGACAGUAUUCAUUAGAUGUAGUGAUAGAUUAUUGUUAAGAGGUGUAAGUUAUAACUACGAAGAAAUCACUCCAAAGCUUUAGAACUAUUGUUAAUUUGUUAUUGUAUAACGAAGCUGUACAUGGGGUGACGCAAAAGGCACCCUCAAGCAUAAAGAGCUGUAUACAAUUCUCAUUCGUACAAACCUAAUAAUCGUAAAAUGAUACAUUUUUAUUUCCUCGCGCAUGCUUAAAUAUUAUUUAAAAAUAAUUACGCAGAAGUCAUAAUUACAAGGCCAUGACGUAUACGACCCAUUACUAUAGAGAUUGUCUUCUUGCAUCACCCUAUAGGUAGUUGAAUAAUUCUCUUUCUCUCUCUAUACAUAUAUAUAUUAUAUUUAUAAAUGUAUAUUUAAAAACGGUUAAAAUUAUUCCCCAAAAAUUUAAUUUCGUGUAAGACAUAAUCUUACGGUAAUAUUGUUUUUACAAAUUCGUAAUUUAAUAGUCUAUUUCCUGCUAUGAGGAGUGAUUGCAAUGUAAAAAACGGGACUGAAUGUUAUUUCUAUUAGCUAAUUAUUUAGCAAUUCAUACCAAUUUGUGAAAUUUAUACAGACUGUUUUAUAAAGAAACGAAUCAUUCUUCAAUGGCAAGUCAGUUCCUAUAAAAUAUUUAUAAAAAAUUUCAUCUUUGCAUAAAAAUACCACUGGUAAAUUUGCCAAUGCGAUGCGCUCAUAAAACUAGUGCAUUUACAAAUCUAUUAAAUAUUCCAUAGACGUAAAGUAUUCCUUUUUUAUACGAUUUGUUACAUUUUAUGUUCUUCGACAAAUUUUAUUUCGUAUAAAAUUAAGAUCCAAGUUAUUGAAAUGAUCCUUUACAUCCGUUAAGAAGGUUUUUGCAUUGUCCAUUAUGUUACAGACAUUUGCAGUUUCAUGGUAACGUGCCAAGACAUACUUGUAUACCACAAAUACAUUUUUUUAUAAAUGCAUUGAGAAUAUAUAGUGAUGAACUGUCAUCCCGGGACUUUGUAACUCGCAUUUACAACAUUUGACACUGCUAUUGCAUCGAAACCGUAAAACACUUUUCUCUUCGAUUACAUUUAGCGUAUGUAAAUAAAUAUUUAAAAUUUAUAUCAUUUAAUAGUGAUGUUGAUAAUUAUGUAAAUGUUACUUUUUAGCAAAUGUUAUCUUUUAAAUGUUAUCCUUUAAAUUGCAUUAAAAUGUUCGACAAAUUUUUUAUUUUCAAUUUUAUAAUGUACUAACAUUUAUACAGUCUCGACAUUAUAUCAUUUAUUAUAAAAAAUAUUUUUAUUUUUUCAAUUUUUUUCUAUUACAUAUAAUUCUUGAAAGUACAUCCUAACAAAUAUAAUAUUUGAUAAAAACGCUACAAAAUUUUCAGAGUAAACUUAUAACUUUUAUGUCAUAGUAAUUUUGCAACUAAAUUUAUAUUCAAUUUUUUAUUGUUAAUUAUUCAAUGAUUAAAUUGUUUGGCUACUGUCAUAUUGUAUAAGAUUUUGCAACCAGUAAUGGAAGAAUGAACAUACGAGCUAUUUAUUAUUGUUGCUAUAACUAAUUGUCCUUUGAAAUAUAAUUGCAGUUUUUCAGAAAAUAGAAACUACUGAAAUAAAGGCAGUCCACCAUGAUCAACCGUGUUAUUGUUAUUAAUUAGAUGAUGGAUAAUAAAAAUAAACAAUGUGUAAUGAUAUUUAAAAACUAUUUAUAGAACGGUGUAAAUGUAACUAUGUAUUACGACCUGAAGCAAAAUAAACAGCGAGAAUGAUUUCAA